GCUGCCGUGCGCUGGUACGGACGACGACAUGGUCGUGCUGCCGCUGCUGCAGCUGCAGGUGCUAUUAGUACAGCAGUGACGACCGAACAACGCGCGCUGUCUGUCUGUCUACCAGCCGUCGCCGCCGCUUCCACCGGCGGCGCGUUUGUUCCAUCCAACGACAAAUAACAUCAGCAGCAGCUGCUGCUGCUGCCGCCGCCACCUUCUGCCUACCGAAUCCCCCAUCUCCCCCGGCGCGUCGACAUCCGACCGACAUCCUGCCGUGGCCCAUGGCAGGCCGAAUGUGUUCGCUGGCGCAUCGUCGACGACGCCCGCGGCCAUCACCAGACAAUGAGGAAGGCUGUUCGUCGCGGCUCGAGUCCUGAGGCCGUCCACUUUCCGCGCGCCCGCAGCGCCCUCCAGCGGCGAGGAGCGAGGCUCGAGCGAGGCGUGCUGGUCGCCGCCGCGUGCUGCCCCCCACCCCGCGCGCGCUCUCGUCGGCCGAUUAUUUCCGGGCGGCUGUUCCCGGCCCAUAGUAGCUAGAGCGAGCACAUGUAAGGCGCCCGCGAGAGGGCAGGCUGCGAGCACUAUGAGCAAGCAGACAACUUGCGUGUGCGAGUACGAUGAGUGGGCAAUCUCCGUCACCCUGCUCGUUAUCCAACCAGAGAUCCCUUGAUUCGGACAGCGGCACCAACACUAAUCCCCCGGGCCCCGGCCAGCCCGUGCCUCAGGGCCAGGGCACACCCACCCCGCUCACAUCACACCAACACCAGCUUCAUCAACAGCUACAACAGCACCAUCACUCGCAGCAACAGCAACAGCAACAACAACAGCAACAGCAACAACAACAACAACAACAGCAACAGCAGCAGCAGCAAUCUUUACAAAUCCUCGGGAGUGCACAACUCCAGCACCUCUCCCAACGUUCCCUGCAUCCGUCGGCUCUGUGGUCGGGCGCUUGCGGGCAGUCGACGCUAUCGCCGGUGGCGGGGGGCUCCUCAGGCCCCGCGGGGCUGAGUCUCAACGUGGGCGCACUCGGCAUGGGCGUGAGCGUCGGCGUGAGCCUACCCGGCCUUUCACAGCUCACUUCGCUGCCGGCGCUUCCGCUGCCUCAACUCGCGCCAUCAUCUCCAGAUGAGCUGAGCCCCGCACCGCCACCUGGCCCGCCAUCUCCUUCGGCCGCCAGUAUGCCCUUGUCUCUUACACAUCACCCCUCCAGUCUGCUGCCAUACGUCGAUGACCUUGACUUUCUUGCUUCCGGGGCGAGCAGUCCAAACGGUGCGGGCGGGGGCGGAGGUCUGGGUCCAUUAGGUCCAAGCGAAGACAACAGCGUCGACUCAUUCCUGUCGUCGCACGGUGUCUCUCUUUCUCGGCUCCCGCCCGUCAGUUCGAUUAUCAAGAACGAGUCUCCCCCACCUUCAGACAGCCUUCAACAGCAGCAGCAGCAACAACAGGCACCUUCAUCACAGCAAGAUCAGCAACAACAACAUCAACAAUCGGGCGCCUCCUCUGAAGCCGCCCACCAUACUCAGCAGCACGGACAACCGCAAAGUCAUUCACAAAGCUCGCUUGAGCUCGCACAUAGUGUUUUUGCUAGUCGUGGGCUAGCGCCAUUGACCGCACCUCAUGGAUCUGAUCAUGAGUGGUCUUACCAGAGCGAUGCGUCCAGUUCAUUACUCCCCAAACUACAGGCCUCCCAGCUUGGCCUACCUGUAUCCUCCAUGUUCCUUAAACAGGAGCAGCUCGGCCAGCUCAAGGCUGAUCUCGACCCUCACACCACUCAGUUUGGCUCACUGGAUUUCUCGCAGCACAGCCAGACCCCGGCGCUGUCCACUGCCGCUAGUCAUAGUUCCACUCUUUUGGGGCAUGCCGAUUCAAGCCACGGUGCAGGAGGUCCAGGCCAAGGGCAUAGCGAUGCGCCAGCCUCUGCUGGACCAAGCGGACGGCAUGGCAAGCGGCGGGGCCCAGCAGGAAACCAACAAGACCCACAACACGCUGGGUCGUCGUCCGAAGUUCUAGGGGGCGUCGUUUCGUCAGGAAGUUCUUCCAGCCAGGCCGGUACUGCCGGCCCCUCAAAGCAGCAUGUGUGUCCUGUUUGCAGUAAAGUUCUAGCGACCCGUAAUGUCUACCAGUUGCAUAUGCGCAGUCAUUCGGGCGAAAAGCCCUUCAAGUGCGAGCAGUGCGGUAAUAAGUUUAGUCAAAAAACAUCACUAACAAGACACUUCCGAUCGCAUACCGGGGAACGGCCAUUUCCCUGUGAAGUAUGUGGAAAGAGAUUCGCUGACAAAGAGCGAAUCAAAAUCCACAUGCGGACCCACACCGGAGAGAAGCCGUUCAGCUGCGAGGUAUGUGGCAAGCGUUUCUCGCAGAAGUCGACGGUGAAGCGACACAUGUCGGUGCACACCGGCGCUAAGCCGUCCAGUGCGCCACCUGCGGUAAAGGCUUCGCUAACCGAGGCAAUCUCAAUGCGCACGCUAAAACGCACGCUUCCGCGAAUACUAGAGGGGGGGGCGGAGGAGCAGGAGGAGGCGGAGACGGCCAUCGCGGGAGCAGCAGGAGCACCACAGCAGCAGCAGCAGCAGCAGCAGCAGCAGUUGCCAUUUCACACGCGCCAUCAGGACCCGGCACGGGCUCAGCACAGUUACAUAACCUGCCAAGCUCGUCCGUCAGUUAAAUUUACGCGAGCACUCUUAGACAAUAGAUGUUUCAUUUAUUGAUAAUUACAAUAAUGACGAGCGUGACAUAAUGAAAUAAGCCCAAUCCACAUUGAUACAUACACGAUAUACGAUUAUUUUGUUGAUCAUGUUAUGAUGGGUGUCAAUUAUUAUUACUAUUGCUGUUAUUACUACUGAUUACCCUUUUUCAUUUAAACAUUGUUGUUUUACUAUUAGUAUUACUAUUAUUAUUGAUAGUAUAACGAUUAUAAUUAUGACAUAAUUUAUUGUUGUUGCACACUCUAGAAAAAAAAAAGUGAAACAAAAAUAGUGGUGAUAAAGAACGAAUUAUUUUAUGCAGCGAAACAUUUUCUCUAUUUCGGUUACUUUUCAUACCUACUUAUAAUCUCUUCCUGGCCAGCCCUCUUUCAUUUAUUGAUUGUCUCCCCAAUCACACACACACACACACACACACACACACAUAUAUAUAUAUAUACAUAUAUAUAUAUAUAUAUAUAGAGAGAGAGAGAGAGAGAGGGGGAGGGAUGCAUAUGUACACUGUUUACCUCACGUUUAGAUACUAGCGUUUUAUAGAAAAUUAACGAUAAUCUAUUACGCCUUUAAUCCGUACGAAAAAAAAAGAGACACAUUACAAAAAUGGCAACCACUAGACGAUGCCGAAAGAAAAGUGUAGAAAAAGUGAUGAGAUAAUAGUAAUACUAUUAAUGAUAAUAACUCAAUAUACAAUACUAUCUCAUUACGCUAUUAAGGCCAGCAUCGUAAAUGGCUAAAGCCAAGCAAACGCGAGAAGUUACUCGACGAUAGUGAUAAUGACGCAUAAAAGUUUAAAAUGACAAACAUGAAUGGUAUGGCACACUUGUUGAAGUUGGGGGCAAACAAACUGGCAGAAGGCUAUAAAAUAAUAAUAACAUUUCGACAACAACAAUACAAACGCGAGAGAAAGUAAGAAGGUGGCUGGUAAACUGAUAAGAUCUUUAAAUAUAUAUACAUAUAAAUAUAUAUAUAUAGAGAGAGAGAGAGAGAGAUGAAUGAUUGCGAGAGAGAAAGUGAGGGGAGAAUAGAACAGCCGGAAUCGAUGCUGGUGUCACCGAUGAUAUUGAUGAAGUGCUAACGGAAGUGGCAAUGUUGAGCAGUGAUUGAUGCAAGGUGUCAAGUUGAGGAAUAGAGCAAACGAAAAAUUCAAAGACGACGACGACAAAUAAACAGUCGAUGGGUGGGCUGGUGCCUUGAAUAGGGGGCGAAAAAGAGCACACGUAAACAACGAAAUCCAUUAAUAAAUAGGGACAGAGUACUGUCUGGAACGUAUAACAAUAUUUGGCAUUAAUGUAACCCCUAUUCUUUUUCAAGUUUCGACACAUUGGAAGCGUACUCUAUUUAGAUGUUGGCGCGUGUCGUCGGUCAGAAGCUGUACGAUCAUCUUUUCUUUACCAUGGCAACAUGCAUCGCUAGCAGUUAAAGUUGUCAACUUGUAAAAUGUAUUGUUAUUAUUUGUUCCAUUCGAGACUUCGAGGAAAGUUGUGCACGAGGUAUUCGACCCUAUUAAAAAUGCGGAAAGGUGUUGUGAAGACUGGUGCAAGUAGUAAUAAUAACAAUAGAAAACGAUAUGGCGGAACACGGCUGACCCUUGCCACUGCCCUGGAGAAGGAUGAAUACUAGCCGAAGCGAUUGUAUACCUGUCUAUCUGCAAUAUAGUGGCGAGAAAGGUGUUAAACAAGUUAUAGUGUGAAUACUUUGGUUUGUCAGUUGCAGUACAAAUCUCAGAAACGUACGGUGAAUGAGGCCGUGUCAGCGAGCGAACCAUCGAGCCAAUGGGCUUCAGCGUACAUACGAUAUAUAUAUGAUGAGGUGUGAGCUACGCCGUUAUACGUUUAUAACGGUACAGAGAAAAACUGCUCUCUCUCAGAACUAAGCGGAUUUCAGAGCAGGUACAAUGCACGGACAUGACACGAAAUGCACGUUGAUUAGAUCCACACCCAAUAAUGAAUCUGGUGCUCUGGAGAUCGUUUAACGGCCAAGUAUACAAAACAUUCAUAGCUGUGCUUCGAAUCAACACUUAAACAAGUGGUAAUAGUUUUUAGAAAAAUGUAAAUGUUCUUGUUCUUCGUAAAAAAAAAAGUCACAAAAUGACAGUGGAUCGUACAAACGAGAACAAAUGAACUGUCAUUUGUAAGAAAUGUAGAAUGAGCGUUAGAUGUACACAACGGCAGCAUCAACUACCGUUAACAAUAUGAAUUAUUAAUGAUAGAAGAUAGACCUAAAAACGCAUAUGGCAAUAACCCACAAUUAUAACCUUAUAUUAGUACUAACAUCAGCGAGUUGAUAUAAUAACUACUGCUGCUACGCGUUUGAAGCAGGCACGGUGAAGAUAUAUAAGAUGAAAAAGACAAAAAUAACAACCAUGAUGAUGAUGCUUAUUAUUAUUAUUAUAACGAUACGGAUGAUGAUGAUGAUGAUGAUGAUGAUGAUCUCAAGCGCCUGCCCCCAUGUAGCCCUGACAGGGGUGGUGGGGCUGCUGAAAGCCGUAGGUGAAUUGUAGAAUCCUGCAACAAGCCAACCAGCUUUUGACAGAGCGAAACAAAGCAGAAACAUUAUAACAUAUGAAAACUCCCACAGUACCCGCUGGCAUACAUCGACAUGAUAGUAAUGUUUCUGCAUAUGUAGAUAGUCUAACUUAUGCUCUUGCAAGGGGGUAGCAAUAACAAUAUUGCUUUAAAGGAACUUAGAGCAAAACAUAUUAUAGGCAGAGGAUACAUCGUUGUCAGCCGCUUCGUAGACGAAUUCGUAGCAGGCGUUUGUUGCUUGAUGCUAGACGAGCUGUAUGGUAAGCCAAGUGGUGUUCUUUUAGGCGGUGAUGAAUGUGUGUCAUAAACGAGAAAAGCCACAGAGCUGAACGUGCUAGAUAAAAAAACAAAAAAACACACAAUCCUAUAUUGAAAAUAUCCUGUGUUUCGUACAACGGAUGUUGUGUACAAACGUAGUAAGAUAAAAGCUGACAUUAUGUUUUUGGUUGAUGUUUGCAUUUCUUGUUCAUUGUUCGAAAUAUAUCAUUGGGCGAUGCCAGAUUCUAUCAGUAGUAGAAAUACGUCGUUCUAAACACGAAUGGCUUGCAACUCUAACUAAUCGGCGCAAUUCAAUGACUACGGGCUGCUUGUGGGCCUUUUGUUACGCAAGCUUAUUUGUAGCUUAUUUCAUUAUCUGCGUAUAGACGCGGUCGACGUUUAUCGACCCAUCUAACUGCGUCUCAAUGUAGGGAUGAAUCCAGCGGCAGUAGUCGAAUAAGGGCUUGAAUGUGUCUACAGGGUACAAGCAAUGUUAGGGUCACAGAUACACAAGCAACUAUCCCUUAUAGCCAAACGAUGUGAUUGCCAGUUGAAGAAUUGUAACUUGAAGCCAAGUUACUUUAGGCUGACAACUGUAUCUUCUGAAGCAUAUUUACUGCUUGCUAAAAUGACAAUUAACAGAUGGCAAACGGUUAUUUGUUAAGCAAUAACAUUGAGUACCUUAUCUACACAUACAUACGCAAGAGACAUACAAGAACGCAUUCAAAACUUACGAUACCCUCGACCUGGAAACUUUAUCCACAACUCAAUUAAAGUGAUUAUAACAGCAAUGGCGAAACUUAUAGAAACGAGGUUAAAUGAACCGAACGACAAACAAGAAAGCUAUAACUACGGCCAGGCCUCUCCUGCUAUUACGCUUAUUAUGAACGUAUUGUAUAUGAAUAAGGGAUAGCUAGAGCAACAUAAAUUGUAUAAUUCAGAUCAAAUUCUAUGUAGAACAUAUUAUUAUAAAUCGAAAUCUCCAUUAUGGUACCCUUUGGAAAUAAAAAAAAUUUUCGUGCAAUUUCCUGUGCACGUGUUGCGUUAGCAGGAAAAAAAACGUAACACACUGAAGAAACCUAUUUGUAACAUAAGCAUAAUAUAUUCAUAUGACUUCAUUCAGGCAAUCAAUCAACCAAUCGUACAUUAUGCCGUUCAUGAAAAUAUUCUACAUAGACACAUGUAUACUAAACAAAAAAGAAAGUCGAUCCGUGAGCAGGUCCGGCAAUCUCUGCACGCCGAAAAAACCAUCAUGGAAUUAUAUCCAGCAAUAUACCCACUACAACACAUAAUGAGAAAUGGUGACACUGAAGCUUCUAGCGACCAUUGCGGCCUUUACUUGCUUGCUUCGUAAUGUUCUAUGCACCCGCCCCGCUGGAGGCACACGAGACAUACUAACGAGAAGAAGGAGUUGGAACGAGUAACAGAAACAAUAUAUGCCUUCCAUCUCAUAGGGCGGACGGAUGGGUAUGACGGACACCUUUUUGGGUAUCUAGUGAUAUCGACAGUCGACUUACAGAGGGUAGAUAUAGAAAGCGGUUAUUUUGUUAAUACUGUUGCCGUUAAUGAGAUAGCCAUUAUAUAUAUAUGUGUAUAUAUAUAUAUGUAUGUAUAUAUAUAUAUA